AUGGAGAAAGACAGGGACAGCAAGAUUCCAUACCGGCAGCUUAUUUUCGAUCAAGGAGUGGUCACUGAGGAGAUUGUCAACCACCAAUAUAGAGGUACAGGAACAAUUGAAGACCCAUAUCUUGUGAACUGGAUUGCAAACGAUCCUCGGAAUCCUAAAGAGUUUUCUGCCUUUUCUAGAUGGGCAUACACUGCGUUGAUGGCUUUGGCCACGCUUGAAGUGUCAUUAGCCUCGUCGGCUUAUACUGGAGGAGAGCUCGAGGUUAUGAAAGAGUUCCAAAUCAGUUCUGAGGUUGCAAAUCUGGGAGUUUCUGUGUUCUUGCUUGGUUUCGCAAUUGGACCUCUAUUCUGGGCACCUAUGAGUGAGCUUUAUGGACGACAAAUAUUGUUUUUCGUGAGCUUUUCCGGCUUCACUAUUUUAAGCGCGGCAAUACCAGGGUCAAAAAAUCCUUGGUCAUUGAUCAUCCUUCGAUUUCUCGCCGCCUGUUUUGGAUCAUCGCUACUUACCAAUGCCGGCGGUGUUAUUGCAGAUAUGUUUUCAGCGACAGAGAGAUGCUUGGCAAUGAGUUUGUUUGCUAAUGCAGCAUUUUGUGGUCCUGUGCUUGGUCCAAUAAUUGGUGGUUUCUUGGGGAUGAAUGCCGGUUGGAGAUGGGUUAUGGGUCUCCUGGCUGCUGUCUCUGGUGUCCUCUUCAUCACCUGCUGUUUACUUGUGCCAGAAACAUAUAUGCCUAUUCUUCUCCAACGGAGGGCCAGAAGGCUUUCGAAAAUCUCCGGCAAAGUAUACAGAAGUGAGUUUGAGGUACAACAAGGUAAAAUAAGUGCAAAAAUCGCAUUUAAAACCGUAUUAUGUCGGCCAUUUAUUUUGCUGCUGUGUGAGCCGAUCGUGUUGCUUUUGUCCAUCUAUAUUGCCACUAUCUACGGAACAUUGUACAUGAUGUUUGGUGCCUUCCAGAUCGUUUUCCAAGAUGAGCGUCAAUGGAACCAGGGAUUGUCCGGCCUGGCAUUGCUGGGACUCUUAGUUGGUGUACUCUGUGCUCUCGGAUUCACCAUCUUUGACAAUAAACGCUAUACCAAGAUACAGGAGAUGCACAAUGGUUUUGCGCCACCGGAGGCGAGACUUCUACCCUGUCUAAUUGGCGCUAUAGUACUGCCUAUCAGUCUUUUCGCGUUUGCCUGGACUACCUUUCAAUCCAUUCAUUGGAUUGUCGGUAUUAUUGCCAUAGCUCCCUUUGGGUUUGGGAUGGUCAUCUUGUACCUGUCAAUCACCAAUUAUCUGAUUGAUUCUUACACAAUAUUUGCAGCUUCCGCACUGGCAGCCAAUUCAAUCCUUCGAUCUUUUAUCGGCGCAGCCUUUCCAUUGUUCACCGUCACCAUGUACGAUAACCUGGGAGUUCAUUGGGCAUCUAGCGUACCAGCUUUCUUAGCAUUGGCGUGCGCUCCCUUUCCAUUUUUGAUUUCCAAGUACGGUCAAAGUAUCCGAAAAAAGUGCAAACAUGCAGCCGACUCGGAAGCAUUGAUACGAAAGUUUCCAGAGCAGACACCUCUACAAAUUUCCCACGCCAACGAGAGUACUUGA